AUGGGAUUUUACACCAAACGGAAAUCUACACAAUUCUUGAAUAAAAUACGUGGAUAUAUGUGGAUAUAUGUGGAAACAUGUCCACAUGAUUCGAUGUGUAGAAUUCCACCGGUCAAGAAGAAUAUUACAAAGACAGAUCUCGUUGGUGGUCAGUUCAGAGCACGUGAAUUGACUAUAGAUGAGGCAGAUAGGUUGCGAGAACAGCAAGAAAUUGAGCUUGAGCAACAUCGAUUGAGGAAGAAAGAAAGCAGCGUGAAGAAGCUAUGGAAGCAGAAUUAA